CCCCAGCCCCAGAGUGGCUCCCGGGGAGGGGACCCGCCAGCCACCCGCGGCGUCCGGGGCCCGCGAGCUGCCCGGCAGAAUGUCCCUGGCUGCUUACUGCAUCAUCUGCUACAGAAGGAUAAGAACCUCAACUCCUCCACCCAAGAACAGGACAUACUGGGGAGACCGCAGAAACAUCAUAAAGCUGACUGGAUCUCUGAUAUUAGGAGGUUCGAUAUUUUUUACAUAUGAAGUUCUGGCCCUGAAGAAGUCUUUGACGUUACAUACUGAGGUGGUAGAAAAAGAAAAAAUGAAGUCCUAUAUCUAUAUGAACAUGGGCUCAUUAGAUGAAAGAGACAAAUAUGGACUUACUCAUCUGGCAAGAAAAGAAAUCCAUAAAGCAGUCAGAACGAUCUUAAUUGCAUCAGCCAGGCUGUUCCAGAAUCCCUUUGCUGACACGUUCAGCUCAGUGGAUGUGGAGGACCAUGAGUGCCCCGUGUGGCUGCUACUUCGGAGAAGCAGGUCAGAGGACCAUGAGGACCGUCUGCAGGCUGUGCAAGACCUAGCUGAGGCCCGGCAUUGGCAAGAUUACCAGUACAGGAUCAUUGCUCAGGCUGGCGACCUCAGGACCCUUGUUGGUCUGGCACGGAGCAAAAACAGUGACCUGCGUUUUUUUCUGCCACCACCUCGAUUGCCUGCUUUAAAAGAAGACUCCUGCCUGGAAGAACUCCGGCAGCUGCUAUCGUCCCUGCCCCAGACAGAGCUCGAUGAGUGCAUCCAGAAUUUCACAUCCCUGGCUCUGAGCGAAAGUAGCCAGAGUCUGGCUGCCCAGAAGGGUGGCUUAUGGUGUUUUGGAGGAAAUGGACUUCCGUAUGCUGAGAGCUUCGGAGAGAUGCCCUCAGUCACUGUGGAGAUGUUCUGUUUAGAAGCUAUCAUCAAGCAUUCUGAGAUCCCUGCGCACUGCGACAAGCUGGUGACGAAUGGCGGCCUGCAGCUGUUGCAACGGCUCUACCGGAUGCACCAGGACUGUCCCCAGGUGCGCCGAAGCAUCGUGCGCAUCAUCGGCAACAUGGCGCUCAAUGAACACCUGCACGGGGCCAUCGCCCGCUCAGGCUGGGUGUCCCUCAUGGCUGAGGCAAUGAAGUCAAGCCACAUCAUCGAUGUCUCGCACGCGGCCCGUGCCCUGGCUAACCUGGAUCGAGACAGCGUGCGGGAGAAGUACCCAGAUGGAGUGUACAUAUUACACCCCCAGUUUCGAACCAGUCAGCCCAUUAAAGCCGAUGUCCUUUUUAUUCAUGGCCUUAUGGGCGCAGCCUUCAAAACAUGGCGCCAGCAGGACAGUGAACAGAACUUGACAGAAACUUUGUCGGAGGAUGAAGCCAGAUACACAACGUGCUGGCCCAAGUCAUGGCUAGCAAAAGACUGCCCAGCACUCCGCAUCAUCUCUGUGGGCUAUGAUACCAGCCUGAGUGACUGGCGGGCUAGGUGUCCCAUGGAAAGGAAGUCCAUUGCCUUCAGGAGCAACGAACUCCUUCAGAAGCUCAGGGCUGCGGGCGUGGGGGAACGGCCGGUGAUCUGGGUGUCUCACAGCAUGGGGGGUCUUCUUGUCAAAAAGAUGCUGCUAGAAGCGUCCAAGAAGCCAGAGCUAAAUGGGCUGGUCAGCAACACUCGUGGAGUCAUCUUCUACAGCGUCCCACACCGCGGGUCCCAUCUGGCUGAGUACUCGGUCAAUGUCCGCUACCUGCUCUUCCCCUCCCUGGAGGUCAAGGAGCUGAGCAAAGAUUCUCCGGAACUGAAAAUACUCCAGGAUGAUUUCCUGGAACUUGCUAAAGGCCAAAAGUUCCAGGUGCUAAAUUUUGUGGAGACGCUGCCCACCUACAUCGGGAGCAUGAUCAAGCUGCAUGUGGUGCCCACCGAGUCGGCAGAUCUAGGCCUCGGCGACCUUGUUUCAGUGGACGUUAACCACCUGGACAUCUGUAAGCCAAAGAAGAAGGAUGCGUUUCUGUACCAGCGCACCCUACAGUUCAUCCGGGAGAUGUUAGCCAAAGACCUUGAGAACUGACUGUCCCCAUCUUCUUUUCCUCAUAGACAUGGGGUGGUUGCCAGGACUCCAGCCUGGUCUAGAAAGGGUGUGGGCACUGGAAUGUUCUGGAAAGCACCAGCAUGGAGUGGCCAUUAAAGGAGAAGAAGCCUUUGC